GCACAAGGUGUCUUUUGGUAGUGAGCACCCUCUGCGCAUGCGCAGGUCCAUUCGGGAAUUACUGCCCUGCCGCCGACUAAGUUGCAUUCCUUGAAUCUUCGCAGAAAAGACAAUUCUUUAAUCAGAGUUAGUAAUGUGGACAGUACAAAAUCGAGAGAGUUUGGGGCUUCUCUCUUUCCCUGUGAUGAUUGCCAUGGUCUGUUGUGCCCACAGCGCCAAUGAGCCCAGCAACAUGUCAUACGUGAAAGAGACAGUGGACAGAUUGCUCAAAGGAUAUGACAUUCGCUUGCGGCCGGACUUUGGAGGGCCCCCUGUGGACGUCGGGAUGAGGAUCGAUGUCGCCAGCAUAGACAUGGUCUCCGAAGUGAAUAUGGAUUAUACACUCACCAUGUAUUUCCAGCAGUCUUGGAAAGACAAAAGGCUUUCUUAUUCUGGAAUCCCACUAAACCUCACACUAGACAAUAGGGUGGCUGACCAACUCUGGGUACCAGAUACCUACUUUCUGAAUGACAAGAAAUCAUUUGUGCAUGGGGUUACGGUGAAAAAUCGAAUGAUCCGACUGCAUCCUGAUGGAACAGUUCUCUAUGGACUCCGGAUCACAACCACAGCUGCCUGCAUGAUGGAUCUACGGAGAUAUCCUCUGGACGAGCAAAACUGCACCCUGGAGAUUGAAAGUUAUGGCUAUACCACAGAUGACAUUGAAUUUUACUGGAAUGGAGGAGAGGGAGCAGUAACGGGAGUCAAUAAAAUUGAGCUUCCUCAGUUUUCAAUCGUCGACUACAAGAUGGUGUCCAAGAAGGUGGAGUUCACAACAGGGGCAUAUCCACGACUGUCACUAAGUUUUCGUCUAAAGAGAAACAUUGGUUACUUCAUCUUGCAAACCUACAUGCCUUCCACACUGAUUACUAUUCUGUCCUGGGUGUCGUUUUGGAUCAACUAUGAUGCAUCUGCAGCCAGAGUGGCACUAGGAAUCACCACCGUGCUGACGAUGACGACCAUCAGCACUCACCUCAGGGAGACCCUGCCAAAGAUCCCUUACGUCAAAGCGAUUGACAUUUACCUGAUGGGUUGCUUUGUGUUCGUGUUCCUGGCUCUGCUGGAAUACGCCUUUGUAAAUUACAUCUUCUUUGGGAAAGGCCCUCAGAAAAAAGGAGCUGGCAAACAAGACCAAAGCGCUAAUGAGAAGAACAAACUGGAGAUGAAUAAAGUCCAGGUCGACGCCCACGGCAACAUUCUCCUCAGCACCCUGGAAAUCAGGAACGAGACAAGCGGCUCGGAAGUGCUCACGGGCGUGAGCGACGCCAAGGCCACCAUGUACUCGUACGACAGCGCCAGCAUCCAGUACCGCAAGCCGCUGAGCAGCCGCGAGGCGUACGGGCGCGCGCUGGACCGGCACGGCGCGCACAGCAAGGGGCGCAUCCGCCGGCGCGCAGCUCAAGUCAAGAUCCCCGACUUGACUGAUGUGAAUUCCAUAGACAAGUGGUCCCGAAUGUUUUUCCCCAUCACCUUUUCUCUUUUUAACGUCGUCUAUUGGCUUUACUAUGUACACUAAGGUCUGCCCCAAGGGUUGGUAAACAACUUCUGUCCUCUUCUCUUGGUUUUUAACCCACAGGUCCCCAGCAGCGAUACUGCUGUGAUUUUUUGAGGUAAGAGAUUCAGCCAUCCAAUUGGUUUUAGGUCUUGCAUAUCAAUUUUAUUACUGCACCAUGUUUACUUCAAAAAAAAAAAGCUCUAUUUUUUUUCAGUCUACUGUGGUCCAGGUUAUUGGCUCUUUCAGAGCUCUGUGAAUUGCCAUGUUUACAAACCCACACACGCAAAGAGAGAAAUUAGAUAGGUAGAUCUUUAGCAGUCCUGAUUGUCCUGGAUUUUAUUAUUUUUUAAACGAAAAUGGACCUAGCUCUCUGUGUGCACUGCUUCCUGGUAAACUGUAACAAUCUCAUGCUGCCAAAAAACAACACAAUUUCCAGGAUCUCAGAAGAAAAAACAAAGCCAUUGAUAAGUUACAGAUUUCCAGGAAGAAGGGAAAACAAAAAGGAGCCUAGAAGAGGAAGACAGACUCCCCUCCACCCUCAAGUUGCCCCAGGUCCAUCAUAGAAGGGGGUCCCAGCUCCGCGGAGAAAGAGAGGGAGGCUGGCGUGUGCUGAUCCAGGUUAUGCAAAUACAAUCUGCCAUCUUCACCGGCCCCUAGCCCCCCACCCCAUGAACCUGGAUAUUUUGAAAAACGCUUCUUACUCAGACUUCCAGGCAGAUUUAAUAUCAACGUUAGAAUCCAAUCUAGUAGCCAUUGGGAACAUUUUACUUUCCUUACUGAGAAUAGAGUAUUUGGGGGACAAUGAACUUUUUUUUUUUUUUUGCAACGGACUAUUUCAAAUGAGCAGCCCUUAUUCAUGUCCUUAGCCUGGACUCACUUGACUCUGUGCCAUGAAGCCAUGGCAUCAUGUUGCCUGAGUUCACCCUUCCGAGAGAUGGAGAGAAAGGGGGCUGGGGGAGGUGUGCUUUGCACAAGCAGGAGGUAAGAAAUUUUUGCUUGAGAAAAAUAUUGCCCUUUCCAUGAAGAAGGCAAGAUUUAUGUACUGUUGAAAGGGUGCCUGGGCAGUGACCCGAACUGCCAAAUCUUCAAUCAAAUAGUAUAUAUUUCUUAGCCUUCCAGAGAGCAGUUAUCUAAGGGGGAUGGGCUAGUUGCACAGCGCUAGUUCCUGGGCUAGCACUUCCCGCCUCUGCUCUCUGAGCUCUGCGUUCCAAAAUGCGAAAUGAACACUUCGGGAGAUGCACCUAUACCCAUUUGAUGUCAUUCUCCAUUGAGGCCAAAUUUUGAGAGAAAAUCUUCAAAGGAGCAAAACCAGAGAUAACAACAUCACCGAGUCUUCAUUUACAGCAGCCCCUAAAUUGUAGAGUCUUGUCUGCAGUCAGUACUGCCUCUGCCUUAUCUCUGCUGAUGGAUUACUUUGGUCAUCCUAGAAGGAGCAUCCCUCAGUAGCUCAACACACGACUCUACACAUAUCCAACCAACUACAGUUGAGACUCAUCUCAUCUUUUUUUCAUUGAAGCCUCAUUACUACUUUUUUUGUUCAGCCUGCCUGUAUAAGAAUUCUAUACAUUCAUUUGCAAGGUUGAGUGAAAUCCGAAGCUGACCAACCAGUCAUGAAGGCAAUUUGGAACCCGAUCUAUGGAUGUGAUGUAAGAACUCAGUUCGUAAUAGGGAUGACUGCCUCAUUUGAUGAUCUGGAUUUCUCCCUAAGGCUGUGAUGAGGGUCUGUGUUCACAAUGGCAUCAGCUGCUAGAAAUGAUCCUCUUAAUUGAAAAGAGAGGGUUGAUUUCCUACUGAUAAACCCAAGGAGAGAGAGUUACAAGAUAUUAUUUUAGAAAGCAAGAGGAAAAGAGAACCCCAAAAGAAACAAAUGGUUAUGCAAUAGAUAAUAUAUGUUAGUAAGAAUAUAAAAACUCUGCUUUACCUGGAAAAAUCAUCUCAUUAGUUUCAUGAGAAAUUAGUUAAGUAUGGGGACCAAAUUUUCCUUUAGGUUUUCAGUUGUAUAAUCAUAGUUCCCUUCAAGGAACUCUCCAGUCUCUAGGGGUGGAGUGAUCCACUGUGAAAUUCUGAUUCGUUAGUUCCUUGGCAGGGUGAGAUGCUUUUCCAUUGUAAAAUGCCCAGAGAGAGUGGAAUGUGGCCAUACCAGUGACCUUCAGGUUAAUAUUCCCAAUGCCCACCCAGGAAUCACUGUGUAGCCAUUUAUUUUAAACGCUGGAAAGGCGAUUUUGGGCAGAUACCUAGGAGGAAUCAUUUUGACAUCCAAGCUCUUUAAAAAGUUUCUAAGGAUGAAGUGCUAAAUCAGAAAUGAAGUAUCUGUAAUCUAUGUUCCCGAGCAAAACAAUUUUUCUUUAUUUACCUGUUUAGAUCAUUCUUGGAAAAUACUGAGUAAUUUAUACCUUUAUUAUUAUCUGGCCUUAAAAGUCUGAAGAAUUUGAUGCUUGUGGUUUUGGAUGUAAAGCAUCACUGAAGAAAAAAAAAUACUUUGAACUCUUAUAUCAACCUUCAUAAACUGUAAAACUAGUAAACCUGGCACGAAAUGGUGUUGCUGUGAGCCCUCCGGGAUAUAGAUGGUCACAACCAGCAUUACACAAAUCCAAUUAAACAGCUCUGAUUUUAGAGGCAAGAGCAGCCAGAAAAAUGGAAAGGUUGACAUAUUUCUAGUUAAUGACCUUUGUCCCCACUUCCUUCUUCUGACACCUCCUAGCCAAAUCCUCCUCUCCUUGGCCCCUACCCACUCUCCUUCCAGGCUGAACAGCACAUAGAAAAAAAUCCUUCCUUCUCUGCCUCUCUAUCUUGUCUUGCCCAAAACGACAUACAUAAAACAUAAACGUCAUUAGGCAUCCUUCAGGGCCCUCAAACUGCUCCCCACUCCUGAAAGAUUCAGAUCAUUACAUUAUAGAGGAGUUACUACUGAACUAUCAUUGAGUUUUUUGUUUUGUUUUGCUUUGUUUUGUUUUAGCCAUGAAAAUAGCCAUAAUCUCCUGCAUUUGAAGGGGCAGCAGACACUGAAAACUGCAGGGACAUAUUCUCUUAUGCCACACUCACGUCCAAGCGACCCCGUGUUCACAGUUUGGAAACUGUGAUGUAAACUGUGUGGUAGACUUACCCUGUGUAGACCCAGCAGAAAUCCCAUCGUUCAUUUGACAGUGAUGACCACACAUGCACUCCUGCCACUCAUGCUCCUUGACUUAAAGCAUCAGGCGCGACACUUGCAUUAUUACACUUAGCAGCUUUGUGAGGCAAAGACCCAGGGAAAGACAUAUUUGGGGCUUGAAUCCUCCAGGAUUGUUGCCUCCAACCUCUCCAUUGCCAAAUAGAAACAGCAGACUGGUGGCUGAUUCUGCUGAUUCAAUGAUAUGCGUUUGCAUAUAUACCAUGUUUAUUGUGCAUUUCAACAAAUGAAGGACCUUGAAAAUGCAAAGAGAAAAUGUGGUGCAGAGAAUAAAGUUUGGUUUAUGGAUCCAAAGAUAGGCUUUCCUUUAACAAGCAUUAUGUACAAUACACAGAAAUGUUGACAAAACCCCAUCUUUCUAAAAUCAAUGACUCCUUUAUAAAUACUCAUUAGAAAGAGCUCAAUCACAAUUUGCCAAGUUAAAUAAACAAAAAAUACAUAUUUCUGAUGCUAGAAGGAAAAAAACUCCAAAAUUUAUUCUGUGGACAAUUUUGAAUAGUAUUUUACAAAGGGUGAUAUCCCACAGUUUUUUUCCCUCAGCAAAAUGUAAUCAUAUAUUUAUCCCAGGAGGGAGGGUAGAGUAAUGUGCAAGUAUUUGUUCCCGUUGGUUCAAUCGGCAGUUACUGGGAUGAGGAAUACAGAGAAACAAACAAAAACAUCUGUUGCUUGAAAGCAAAUAGUCAACACGGAGGUAAAGUUGCUAAUGGAAUGUAGAAUAUUAUGUAAACUUCCUUGUAAAUUCUGUACAUAGCUCAUUGAACUGUUCCCUGUUGCGUGGUGGUCCUCAGCUUUGGGAGGAUGUUUGAAAAAAUCUGAGCAUUGUAAAUACUAUAAGCUUACAAGGCACUUGCUUUUAUUCAUGAAGUGAACUGACCAGUGAUUUGGGCCCAAACCAGAAUCAUUUUUAGCUCUUGCUCUUUCUCUGCCAUUUUCUGUGUGCAGUCGUGUAAUUCUGCCAGAUGUCUGUGAUCACUGCCUCAUGCCCCAACCCCACUGAAAGGGAACGGAGCUGCCAAGAAGGCUGCACACCUGUGGCGCUCGGGAACAGCACACCAGCGGAGACAGGAAUCCCGUAGUGAGCUGCUCCUGGAACAGUGCCGUGAAAAGUAGACGUGUUCUUAUCAGCCAUUCAUGCCUAUUCAUAUACUCAGAUACCGAAUUAUCCAUGCUGUUGAAGGGGUCAGGAAUGGAAGUGAUGGUCAAAAGCCACAGGUAAUCCAAAGCUUUAUUUGCACCAAUAGCUUUAGCUUCUAUCUUCUUUCUUUCUACAAGGUUUCCCAAAAGUGUUGAUAGGAACAGAAAUGGACAGAUGGGUUUGACCAGGGUAAACAGUCAAAUGUGCAAAUGAUGGGAAGGA